AUGGUCCGGUUCACGGAAUCGCCUACAAUGACAUCCCCUAUCAAAUUCGACAUACCAUCUGCUGUUCGCUCUUUCGAACCUUUCCCGAGACUGCCCCCAGAGAUCCGACAGCAAAUAUGGGAGGACGCAGUCCUCGAGCCUGGAAUGCACUUCCUUCGCCUCGACACCGACUUUCCCAUCAUCCGUUGGCCUGCACCGGCGAUGAUGAUGAACUUCCUGAAUGACGAUGAUGAUGGCGGCGACGAGAAUGCUGCACCGGACUUUUCAAAAGAGACGAUACCUACCUCACUUUGGGAUACCACUCUACAGCCAAAGUACGCGACGCCAAAGGCCAACAUAUCCAAUUAUGUUACCCGCAACGAAACACUGAGCAAGCUUUCUGCCACCUGCUCGGAAGCCCGGGCGGUGGUACAACGACUCACCAGCCAACGUGGAUGCCUUCGGUUGAAAAACGGCACUGUUGUGGCUCUGGGAUCCUCCUCCGAUGUUGUUUGCCUGGACUACCUUCACGCCUACACUUUCCGCAGAGGAUGUCGCCUGCUUGUGAAUAUUCGAUGUGAAGAGUUGGAAAACAUCAAACGCGUUGCUGUACCAUAUUGUCACCAAUGGGAGGUCCAAAACCCCCUCUUUAGCUGCCCAAGCUGUGGGAAUCGUCAUCACGGAAGUCACAGGAAGACAUAUCCGCUCCACUUGUGCGACUUUCUCACCCGGCACCUCCCAAACCUUGAGGCCUUUUACUUUAUCGAUUACCUAAUACUGCCAAAGUGCGAGAGAAUCGAGUCGUUUGAUGGCGAUGAGCCGGUGGCUACUAUGUCUGUUGAUGGCUCGACACCAGGUUCAAGAGACAAAACAGGCAAACAAUUUCGACCGAGAAAAUAUAAGAGCAAUGGCAGGUUGUUCGUGGAAGCAGAUCAAGAUAACUGGAACGUCAAGUCUAAAGUGUUUGACACCCUGUCCUGGAUCCGUAAGAGAUUCAUCCAGCACGCAACCAACAGCAAGCUCAGCAAGCACACACACCCCCAGGAUGUCGACUUCGGCGUUCUGGCCUGUGAAUGGGUCAACGACAAGGACGAAAUCGCGAAAAAGAGUCAUUCUUCGGCCACAAAAAUGCAACAUAUCGGAAGGAGAAAAUCAUCAAGUCUGAAGAGCGACGGUCACAGUUAUGCAGUGCUUGCCAAGCCUUCAGAGCCGGCGGAUUCGCCUUCAUCCUCACGUCUGCCUGGGUCCGAGGAAAAUCGAGCAACUUUUGUCUUUGGCCAAGAUGUGGACUACAGCUUCAGCUUCAGAAGAAGUUCUUAG